CCGCGCCGCUGUGAAGCGGGCUCGGCCGCCGCUCGCCCGCCCAGAGCCGCCGGCGCCCCGCCAUGGUGCUGCCCGAGGAGCCGGCCGGGCUGUACCGGCCGCGGCCCGAGCUGCUGCCCGCGGCUCACGUCCCCUCGCUGCCUCACUACCAGCGCCUGUACCAGCGCUCCGUGGAGGAGCCGCACGAAUUUUGGGGUGAGAUCGCGAAAGAGUUUUACUGGAAGAGCCAGCACACGGGACCCUUUCUGAGGUACAACUUCGAUGUGACCAAGGGGAAGAUCUUCAUUGAGUGGAUGAAAGGGGCGACCACCAACAUCUGCUACAACCUCCUGGACAGGAAUGUCAACGAGAAGAAGCUUGGAGACAAAGUCGCUUUUUACUGGGAAGGGAAUGAACCUGGGGAUUCUGCAAAAAUCACAUACAGUGAGUUGCUGCACAAAGUCUGUCAGUUUGCCAACGUCCUCCGCAGCCAAGGAGUGAGAAAAGGAGACCGAAUUUCCAUUUACAUGCCAAUGAUCCUGGAGCUGGUGGUAGCCAUGCUUGCCUGUGCCAGGAUUGGAGCUCUGCACUCCAUUGUGUUUGCAGGUUUCUCAGCAGAGUCUCUCUGCGAGCGUAUCUUGGACUGUGGUUGUUCUCUCCUCAUCACAGCAGAUGCCUUUUAUCGAGGGGACAAGCUGAUCAACCUGAAGCAGAUUGCAGAUGAAGCCCUGCAGAAAUGUAAAGACAAGGGCUCCCCUCUGAAGAACUGCAUCGUGGUGAAGCACCUGGGGAAGGAAGAGACAGUGGUGGACGGGACGUGCAGCAAGUCUCCCCCUCUCAAAAGGCUGUGCCGGGACAUACAGGAAAAAAAGACUGAGAGCUCAGAGAGACUCCAUCCCAAGAUCCCCUGGAACCCAGCCAUGGACCUGUGGUGGCACGAGGUGAUGAGCAGUGCCAGCACGGAGUGCGAGCCCGAGUGGUGUGACUCGGAGGACGAACUCUUCAUCCUCUACACAAGCGGCUCAACUGGGAAACCCAAGGGUGUCCUGCAUACAGUGGGUGGAUACAUGCUUUAUGCUGCCACCUCGUUUAAAUACGUGUUUGAUUACCAACCUGAGGAUGUCUACUGGUGCACAGCUGAUGUUGGAUGGAUAACGGGCCAUUCCUACCUCACUUAUGGACCCUUGGCAAACGGGGCAACCAGUGUGCUGUUUGAAGGUGUCCCCACCUACCCAGAUGUUGGGCGAAUGUGGAGCAUCAUUGACAAGUACAAGGUGACCAAGUUCUACACAGCACCCACAGCCAUCCGGCUGCUGAUGAAGCAUGGGGAUGAGCCUGUCAAAAAGCACAGCAGGAAGUCUCUGAAGGUGCUGGGGACUGUUGGUGAGCCCAUCAACCCUGAGGCCUGGCUGUGGUACUACCGUGUGGUGGGAGAAGAGAGGUGCCCCAUUGUGGACACAUUCUGGCAGACAGAGACAGGUGGCCACAUGCUGACACCCCUCCCUGCUGCCACCCCCAUGAAGCCAGGUUCUGCUACGUUCCCCUUCUUCGGAGUGGUCCCUGCCAUCUUGAACGAGUCAGGGGAAGAGCUGGAAGGAGAAGCAGAAGGCUACCUGGUGUUUAAGCAGCCCUGGCCAGGAAUAAUGCGCACGCUGUAUGGAAACCACCAGCACUUUGAAACCACCUACUUCAAGAAGUUCCCUGGGUACUAUGUGACAGGAGAUGGUUGCAGGAGAGAUAAAGAUGGUUAUUACUGGAUCACAGGGCGAAUUGAUGACAUGUUGAAUGUUUCUGGCCACUUGCUGAGCACGGCAGAGGUGGAGUCAGCCCUGCUGGAGCACAGCGCCAUCUCGGAGGCCGCCGUGGUCAGCCACCCACACCCCCUGAAGGGCGAGUGCCUCUACUGCUUCGUGACCUUGAGGGAUGGCCACGAGUUCACCAAGAACCUGAUGGAUGAGCUGAAAAAACAAGUCAGAGAAAAAAUCGGGCCGAUAGCAACACCCGAUUACAUCCAGUGCGCCCCCAGCCUGCCCAAAACCCGCUCAGGAAAGAUCACCAGGCGGAUAUUAAGGAAGAUUGCCAAAAAUGACCAAGAUCUGGGGGACAUCUCCACCUUGGCAAACCCAGGCAUCAUAAAACAUCUUUUCAACAACAGAUGUGACACUAAGCAGUAGCAGUGUGACCUGGCCCUGCUGAGCAGAACUGUAGCAGGGGCAUCCUGAGGAGCAGGUCCCUUGAACAAGCCCUGGGAAGGAGACCUUCACCUCUGGAACGGAAUGUACCAACGUCAGGAACGAGGGGAAGGCUGGUCCUGGAGAGGCCACGUCCCACCUGCCUUGGAGGAGUGUGCAUCAUGUUCCAAAUGGGUAUCGUGCAGAGGGACUCCUCCUCCCUUUUCAGCACCUCGUUCUUGAUUUUUAAUUUUAUUGGGGGGGGGGGGGGGAUGUGUUAAUUAACUUUAUGUAAUUGAAGGGCCCUAGCGCAGUGGGAAGGAACUUUGGGGGGUGGGGGGGAAGUGGGGCUGGAGUUGCUCAAUGCAGGCAGGGAAGGGAGGUGCAUCUGCCACUGCCCACACACCAGCUAAGCUUCCUUGUCUCCUUGGAGUGCUGCAAGCUGCAGAACUUAAAAGCACCCUCACAUCUGGAGUUGUGUCUCACACCCCUUGUCUGAGCCUAGGAGAGCUCUGAAGGGGAGCAGGGCAGGGCUCAAGGGAGCUCUGUGCUUUAACCAGGGUUUGCAGAGCAAUUUGGUACCAAGAUCUGCUGCUUCCUAACUGCACAGUGCCAGCUGGCACCUUCCCAAUCCAGGGUCUUUUGCUGGCCAUGGACACGUUAGGGAGCCACGGGUGGUCUUGGAGGACAAGCCUUGGUCUGACAUGUUUCUAUAGAGCCCCACAGCUCUGUGGCUGCACAGCUGGAUGCUGCUGGUGAGGCCUGGGAUAGGGGUGGGUGCUGUGGAUACCAAAGGCUGGGAAAACUGGGAAAACAAAGCCCCUUGGAGGCACCUUUACCCCUGCAGGCAACCAGGAGCUGCAUUAUGGCACACCAGAACCUGUGCCCCAGCAGAGGCCAAGGCAGGCAGGGCUGUGUUAGUCCAGUUGAUGUUUUCUCAUCGGGGGGGAAAAAACAAACAGUAGGAGAUGCUUAAAGUUCACUUUUGCUUACAUCAGCCAUGGCUUUUUGAUGGGGGAGAGGAAAACACCCCAAAGCUCCUAGCCCAAGAGCCUGAACAUCACAUGGGUACUGCCAAAGCCAAUCUUCCAAGGAAUGACACCUACCCCCAGCUGGGACAGUGACCUCUUGUGUGAUGUCUGUAUGAAAACUGCAUGUGAACCCUGAUUUUUUGCACUUAAACCAAAGGUGAAACGGGCUUUAAAACUUGCUACAACAGCUUUUUUUUUGGGGGGGGGCAAGUGCCAACGUGUACAGGCUUUGCCUACACCCUGAGCUGAUCUUUGGUUGGGAAGGAUGAGGCAGCUGCCUCCAGGGCUGGGUGCUCAGGGCAAGUCUUGCUUGGUGCUCCAAGGGGCUGUUGUCCAAGUCCCCACUCUCAGUUCUUACCUGCUGCUCUCACCAGCACAGCACAUGUCUGUGGGCUCUGACUUCCAUGGGUGCCAGUGUCCCAUGCACCCCCACACACCUCUGUACCACUGGAUUGUGCCACCCCCUUGGCAGGGAUCCCCACCUCAUCUCUCCCCGUUACUCUUCAUCCGCUCUGUAGUUUUGGCUGGCAACAGCUGGAAUUUUAUGCAAAAUGGAAUAAAAUUCAAGGAAAUGGAAA